GGAGCCCCGCUUGAGGCCAGGGAGGCAAACCUUCCGCACUGAGGCAGCAAAAGCCGCUCCCAUAAAUAAACCAAGCCCGCUUAAAGGCGUCUGCUUAGCUGCUUUGCUUCGUGAGCUGUCCCCCCCCAACACACAAUUUUUACGUGGUUUUUUACGGCCGCCUUAGUUUUAACCGAGCCCCCUCGCAGAGGUUUUGCCUCUGCACGUGGUCAGGAGCGACGCGGCAACUGGGCGGCAGCGAGCCCGCACCCCAGCCCAACCCGAUGGGCCUCGCUGGGAGGGUGCGUUGGCUGAGGCUCAGCCGGCCCCAGAUGACGCGGGGAAUGAAUCCACCCUGUGGGAUCGCUCGUGCCCUGCCAGUAAUCCGUCCGGUUCUGCCUCACAGUGUUUCUCCCAGAUUCGGAAUUAAGAUCCUUCCCGAUUGCCUGAUCCAGCUGUGCCACUGGAAGAUGCCUGGCUUCCAGCACAGAGUCUGCGUAAUCCCGGGCUGCUGACUUCAACCCACGGAGCCUUUUCCACGCCUCUGCAGCUCCAGAGAAAACCUCCGAUCUGCAAAGGAUAGAUUCCAGGUGUAGCCCCAGUCCCUCCAGGUUGGUUCCUAGCAUCUGUCCUUAGAGGAGCGUGUUGGGCCAUGGCAAUGGAAGAUGCGAUGGAGAAGAUCAACAUUGUGUCUGAAAGCCUACAGAACAGUGAGGCAACAGAAGAAGGAACUCCAUCCAGCAGCUGGCCCCAUAAAUGUGCCUCGUAUGUCCUGGCUCUCCGGCCCUGGAGCUUCAGUGCCUCCCUCACGCCAGUCGCCCUGGGAAGUGCCCUCGCUUACCGUUCACAGGGCACCCUAGACCUGGGGCUUCUGGUUGGCAGUGCCGUCACCGUCUUGGCAGUCCAUGGAGCCGGCAACCUCGUGAACACCUACUAUGACUUUUCCAAAGGCAUCGACCACAAGAAGAGUGAUGACCGGACCCUGGUGGACCAGAUCUUAGAGCCUCAGGAUGUGGUCAGAUUCGGGGUCUUGCUGUACACUCUGGGCUGCAUCUCUGCAGCGUGCCUCUAUUGCUUCUCCACCCUCAAGUUGGAACACUUGGCCCUGAUUUAUUUUGGAGGACUCUCCAGCUCUUUUCUCUACACUGGAGGCAUUGGAUUGAAGUACGUUGCGCUGGGCGAUGUGGUGAUCCUGAUCACCUUUGGGCCCCUGGCCGUGAUGUUCGCCUAUGCCCUCCAGGUGGGCUACCUGUCCGUCUCGCCCCUGCUGUACGCCGUGCCCUUGGCCCUCAGCACGGAGGCCAUCCUGCACAGCAACAACACCCGGGACAUGGAGUCCGACCGGCAGGCGGGCAUUGUCACGCUGGCCAUUCUCAUCGGGCCCACGCUGUCUUAUGUCCUCUACAACAGCUUGCUCUUUCUGCCUUAUCUCAUCUUCUGCGUCCUGGCCACCCGCUACACCGUCAGCAUGGCUUUGCCCCUGCUCACCUUGCCCAUGGCCUUCUCCCUGGAGCGCCAGUUCCGGAGCCAGAGUUUCCUCCGAAUCCCGCAACGGACAGCCAAGCUCAACCUCCUGUUGGGACUUUUUUAUGUCUUUGGCAUUCUUCUGGCUCCCCCUGGCUCCCUCCCCAAACUCUAGGUGGAUGUGAGGUUCAUUGACUCGCGGUGAGAAUUCUUCCCGGAGAGCUUUCACAGGCUACACAGAGACACACACACGCACGUGCAUAUCAUAGCCUUCGCCAAAGCUGCACAAGAUUUUUUUUUUCCUGAAAUGUUUCCUUUUUACGAAGGGAGAAAUCCUCUUUAUAAAACUUAGUCCUCUGAGUCCGGUUUCUGCUUUUUUUCUGUUGUUUCUUUCUUUACCUACAUUUCAUAAAUAAAAAUAAAAAAAAUUAGCACUCCA